AUGCAGGGUCUCGAGCAUCUCCGCCAACGAAAAGUUAUGAACCAGCUCUUGCUUUCUUCCAUCCCGACGGUCCCGUCAUCCGUGAUUACAGCAGACAAGGCCAGAACUCAGCGAUUUUGGGUUGAGAUUCAAGAAGUUGAAGCUCGAAGCUUAGAGCUUCUGUACGGAGUGCAUGAAGACAACGUUUCCAUUGGUGAGCAUCGCCUAGACCGUGGCUCGAGCGAUCCCACGAUGCAACAUCUCGUCAGUCAAUUUGAUUCAGUCGAAAGAGCUACGGUUGAGGAUUGCAACAUUGACAACGAGCAAGAGCGAGAGCUUGCUCACGAGAUCGAGAGAGAGGUAGGUGUCGAGCUUCCCCCGCCAGCAUUUCCGCGUCAACAUGCUAUCAGCCAAGGCAUCUGUCAAUACAUCGAAACCGGUGAUAUCUCAGAUCUCAAAAAGUGUCAAGUGAUACGUGCCUUUGCGGCUUUGAAAGACACCAGUGCAGCUCAAACUCUCGAACGGCAANAAAUCGAUCCUGCUGUCUUCGGUCUUUGGGUAACCGCUGACUUCUGGCUCGCUGUCGAUCUACCACAGUCAUCGCCUCGUGACCAGUACAUGGCUCCAGUGAACUGGGUCUUGAGCAGCACUGAACAUAAAUCGCUCUUGGUUAUCAGCCCUUUCGAGGCUAAUGAGCUGCUUCCACAAAUCAAGAAGUCGAGAAAGACAGUCCUGCACACAUUCGCUCCGCGCGUCAACAAAGCCAUGGUCUCAUUCGACGACUUGGACUUUUACACACUAACCUCGAACUCCACCGAGAAGACAUUCUCAGCCAUACCCACACAUUCUCUCAACCUCUUUGCGGGAUCUCUGUAUCUCGACAGCAAAGCCAAAUACGAAGCGCUCCAAGGCAAGUUGGGUCUAAUAGGUCGACGAAGUAUCGCCCAAGGUGUUACUGUUCAAAGUGAUGGCUUUGUGGGCCCUGAGGAUCGGAGAAAGAUUCGCUCACUCCAUUCCUGUCCACGCGCUCCUUUCUCCAAAUCGCCAGUGCCGUUCUUGAAAGAAGUCAUGAUGCUUCGCAGAAAUGGUCAGGAGUUUGAUCAUACUCACAUAGGUCACUUACUUGGCGACAGAGAAUUGGCGAGUAGUGCUUUCGAUGGCUUGGAUGCAGGAAACGUAAGGAAAGACGAGGUGAAAGAGGACAGUGACAUUCCUUGA